AUGGACGGGCUCCGGGCUAGCACGGGGCUGUUGAGGCGCGGGAGAUUGAGACGCCGGCGCCAGCAGCAGCCACAUAGCGGGUCGGUCCUGGCCCUGCCCCUAAGGCCCAGGAAGAUCCGAAGGCAGCUAAGGAGAAGCGUGGCGUCCCGCAUGGCCGCACUGAGGGCCCAGACGCUGCCCAGCGAGGACUCGGAGGACUCGAGGGUGGAGUCGACGGUCGACGAUCCGGGGGACCCGCUGCCUAGUGGGGCGGCGGCCAUCCCCGAUGCGGCCCGGCGGGAGCCGUAUGGCCACCUGGGGCCUGCAGAGCUGCUGGAGGCCUCGCCCGCGGCCCGCUCCCUCCAGACACCCCGCUCCCUGGUGGAGGCGCAGACCCCGCCGGCCCGCCUGGUGGAGGCGCAGACCCCGCCGGCCCGCCUGGUGGAGGCGCCCCCCCUGCCCGCGCGCCUGGUGCCGGCUUCCGCGCCGCCCGCGCGCCUGGUGGAGGUGCCCGCCGCGCCGGCCCGCGUGGUAGAAUCCUCGGCCCUGCUGUGCAAUGCCCAGCACUUGGCGGCCGCCCCGCAGUCCGUGGCCCCCGCCACGCUGUCGGGGCCGCAGGUGGACAGCACGGGCGGGGAGCUGGCCUGGGACUCCCCGCUGCAGCGCGUCCUGGCCGAGCUGAACCGCAUCCCCAGCAGCCGGCGGCGGGCAGCGCGCCUCUUCGAGUGGCUCAUCUCGCCCAUGCCGCCCGACCAUUUCUACCGGCGCCUGUGGGAGCGGGAGGCGGUGCUGGUGCGGCGGCAGGACCACGCCUACUACCAGGGACUUUUCUCCACCGCAGACCUGGACUUCAUGCUGCGCCACGAGGAGGUGCAGUUCGGACAGCACCUGGACGCAGCUCGCUACGUCAACGGGCGGCGCGAGACCCUGAACCCGCCCGGCCGCGCGCUGCCCGCCGCCGCCUGGUCUCUGUACCAGGCCGGCUGCUCCCUGCGCCUCCUCUGUCCGCAGGCUUUCUCGACCACCGUGUGGCAGUUUUUGGCUGUGCUCCAGGAGCAGUUUGGAAGCAUGGCAGGCUCCAACAUUUACCUCACGCCCCCCAACUCGCAGGGCUUUGCUCCGCACUACGACGACAUCGAGGCUUUUGUGCUGCAGCUGGAAGGUAGGAAACUCUGGCGCGUGUACCGACCCCGGGUCCCGACGGAGGAGCUGGCCCUGACAUCCAGUCCCAACUUCAGCCAGGACGACCUCGGUGAGCCGGUGCUGCAGACCGUGCUGGAACCUGGAGAUUUGCUCUAUUUCCCUCGGGGCUUCAUUCACCAAGCCGAAUGCCAGGAUGGAGUGCACUCUCUGCACCUCACCUUGUCCACGUACCAGCGCAAUACCUGGGGCGACUUCCUGGAGGCCGUACUGCCUUUGGCAGUGCAGGCUGCAAUGGAAGAAAAUGUGGAAUUCCGAAGGGGUCUCCCCCGAGACUUCAUGGAUUACAUGGGGGCCCAGCACUCGGAUUCUAAGGAUCCACGAAGAACGGCUUUUAUGGAGAAGGUGCGAGUCCUGGUUGCCCGCUUGGGACACUUUGCUCCUGUCGAUGCUGUGGCUGACCAGCGAGCCAAAGACUUCAUCCACGACUCUCUGCCCCCUGUGCUGACUGAUAGGGAGAGGGCACUAAGUGUUUAUGGGCUCCCAAUUCGCUGGGAGGCUGGCGAACCUGUGAACGUGGGGGCCCAGUUGACAACAGAAACAGAAGUGCACAUGCUUCAGGAUGGGAUAGCUCGGCUGGUGGGUGAGGGAGGCCAUUUGUUUCUCUAUUAUACAGUGGAGAACUCCCGUGUUUAUCAUCUGGAAGAGCCCAAGUGCUUGGAGAUAUACCCUCAGCAAGCUGAUGCCAUGGAACUCUUGCUGCGCUCCUACCCAGAGUUUGUGAGAGUAGGGGACCUGCCCUGUGACACUGUGGAGGACCAGCUUUCCUUGGCAACCAUGCUAUAUGACAAGGGGCUGCUGCUCACCAAGAUGCCUCUAACCUGAACUAGUUUCUUGUUGAUUGCUGGAAGCAAGACAGUGGUGAUUCUCUUAACCACCAUUACCACCUUUUUGGCAGGGGGCUGGGGGAGGGGUGGGGGGACUCAUGUUCUUACCUUGAGAACCAUUUACCUUUAUGACUGCUUACAUUUACCUUUAUGACUGCUUUAAUGUCACAAAUUUCAGACGGUUUUCUAGGAAUCACCACUUCAUCCUGAAAAGUUUCUUGUAGAAAAGUAUGGAGUUUCAGUGGUUUUUGCCCCUCCUUGGGUUGCAAGUAAACACGUUUUGUUUCUUCGUUCACUUUUCCUAUGACCCUCUCCAUCUUGAAUAUUUUCUGUGUCAGCAAGUCUUUUUGGCUUAGUGUUUGAAUCUAGAUCAGAAGAAAUGAUGUUGAAAAAAACUGUAUUAGGCUGCAAAUCAUCAAAAACCAUUAAUAAAGUAACUUACUGCAUUGUGCUUAUU